AUGCCGCGGCUCUCAAGGUUGGAGAACCCCUUGAUGAUUGGCAGUUCAGGCACUGAUUGCUCCAACGCCGCUAUUGUCGACUUUAGGGCGAGAUCGUCGUUUGCCAGCCGCCUGAAGGUGUCACUGGAGGAGACGAUACUUCCGUUUGGCUACAAUUCGCUAAAAGAGCUUGCCAAUAUUCCGCGGCAGGAUGAAGUAGCCGGACCCACCACACGGGGAAUAGGUGCGAAGAGUAAUGAGUCUUGCAUGAGGUGCCAAUUUUAUGAGGGGCUACUUAGAAGAAUGGCCACGCAGCUACUUGAGGACCUGGAGGAGGGGGACUCGGUCUCAACUAGUACUGCGGAGUCAAGCAUGCUAACAAACGCGGGGGAGCCCGCUAUGGGCAUUAUGGAGUUGAAUCCCAACCCCCCCCAGCACGUAGGUAGUGAGGGCCCGUCGGCGGGCCCCAAAGGUGGCACUGCCCCACGUGCCUUAACUCCUAUAGAUGAAAGUCAGUUUGAAUUAUUUCCCAGCGUUACCUCAGUGACGUCCACACUCUUGACAAACUCAUCCUGCAGUGUUCAGGGCGGCGGAGGCGCAUGGUUGCAGGAACUCACGGCCAGCUAUGGGCCCGACAGAGAAAAAAACGGCGGUUCCCCGUUCUACAACGGGUCGGCGCUGAAGAGGCCCAGCCCCAGGUUCUUCCCCGGCCUGAUGGUGCCGCAGCGAUGCCCACAGAGAGACGAUGCAUCGCAGGCCAGUGGAAGCCCAAGGGGACCCCGGCACGGCACCAUAUAUGUAACCCGUGGAGCUUCCUAUUCCAUUUCCACAAUACAAAGUAGGGAGGUACAACCAUGCGUUAAGGAGACUGCGAAAACGGUUAUAGGCCGCGCCAAUCACAAGAAAAAGAUAAACGACUACGUGGUGUUGAGGGAGCUUGGCCGUGGCUCGACAGGCGAGGUUGUCUUGGUUCAGCACCACGAGACAAAGGACCUGUUUGCGAUGAAAAUUGUGACGCUGGGGAACAAGUUUGAUCAACGGCGCGUGAAUGCCAUUCGCUCUGAGAUUGCAGUACUGAAGGCGGUGGCCCACCCUCAUCUAGUCCGGCUCCACGAAGUGAUUGGUGACAAGAAUCACAACACCAUUUUUAUGAUCCUGCAGUACAUCUCGCGUGGUAGCAUCGCACACGCCUUGACUCCCACCACCGUUGUGCCCAUUCCAGAACAGCAACUAAGGCUGUACACGUCGCAGAUCGUUUCAGCUUUGAAGCACCUACAUUCGAAAGGUAUAUUUCAUCGAGACAUUAAACCCGAAAAUAUAUUGAUAGACGACAAUGAACGUAUAUAUCUUGCCGACUUCGGCGUGAGUGCGAUCUGCACCCCCGACGGUGUCCGGGGUGUGGAGGGAACACCAGCGUUUAUGGCUCCCGAGGUGUGCCUUGGAAAACCAGAGGUAGUCGGAGAACUCGUAGACGUAUGGGCGUUGGGUGUCACGCUGUAUCAACUGAUGUACGGCUUCCUCCCUUUUCGGGCGCACACGUACCAGGAGAUGACGCGUCGUAUAGUUGGCUCUCCGCUUGUUUUUCCCGACGAGAGGCCAAAAAGGAACUCGACAGAUUUCGGCGCCUGUGGGUUCUCCUACUUGGAUGCAAUCCAUACGUUUACUGCAGAGACACCCCCAGACGGCGGGGACGCAACGCAAACCGGAAGGGAUCAGGACUCCACGGAGGAGCUGGCCCCAUGCACGGUGACUUCUUCGUCGGCGUUCAAGGAGUUGAUUUGCGGCCUCCUUUGCAAGGACCCUGACUGCCGCUGGACGCUGCGACGCAUUGACGAAUCCGCGUGGCUUCGACCCCGCCGCGAAAUGAGCAGCCUAAGCGAGAUCGUGGCCCCCCCUCUAGACAGGCAGGCUGAGGUUUCCAGCUCCACGGUCGCCUCGUCGCCCUUACCAAGGAUGUCAGGGGUGUCCGGUCAAUUAACCAGCUUAUCAAAUCAUUUAACCAGCCUGUCAAAUCAAUUAACCAGCGUGCCCAUAACGACAUCCAAGAAGGUUGUUACCAUAAAAGUUCGCCCCAUUCCGACCCCAACACUCAAAGGCGACAGCAUCAGCAAAAUUACCAGCAACAGCAGCAGCGACAACAACGCCAACGUCGGCGCCAAGGGCAUCACCAAGGUGGAAAAUGUAAACAAUUUAACUUCCACCUACCACAUGGAGGCCUGUGAGGUUUGUCCGGCUAAGGCGGAAAAGGGGUGGAAAAGGUUUUUUCCUGUCUCAUGGCGAAAAAAGAGAGGUCUCUCGUCAGAGGGGCAUUCAUAA